AUGCUGUAAGUUUUCAAGUCAAAACGGUAGUCGAAAACAGUAGAUCGUACAUUUUUGGUUGAUUUUGCGUUUUAUGCCUGAUGUUAAAAUUCUACCUCAGGUGUCGUAACUUUGGCUUUGUGUAUGUAUCGAUAAUACAAUCCCUUGAGCUCUUUGAACAAUUAGAAUAGAACCUAAUUGUUACUAAACCGUCUUGUCCUGUACCCGAUUUUAGAGUAAACACAUUUGACAGUCAGCUGUCAAAAGAAAAGUAAAAGACUGAAGAAAGAAUGCUGUCAUUUUGAGACUAUGGAAAAACACAACCAGGGUUCAGCCUCUACUAUAGACAGUACAAACCAUUCAAGUGAUCCGCCAAUUAAAGCUCUAAUGCAGUCAGGCUCUGAACAUAAAAUGAUGGUGGAGAGUUUUGACGUGGCAGAUGUCAUCCAGUGGCUGAGGAACAGAGAUCUACACAAGUUUAUACUUCUCUUUCAAAAGCAUAAAGUUACUGGUAAAGACCUGAUUGAGCUUCAUCUUCCCUUCCUUGAAUCCUAUGACAACAUAUCUCUUGAAGAGCGAGAAAUCCUUUUGUCAGAGAUAUAUAACCUUCUCAAUCCAACACCAGUGUGUGUCAGCCAAGAAGACCUCACAAGACUUACUUCGCCUGUCGAGAAACGUAAAUUGUAUGCAGCCAUUGAGCUUGCUCAAACCAAACGCUCCAUGAUUCCUCGUUCAAUAUCCAAUAAUGCCAUUCCAUCAUCACAUAGUGAGCCACACCAAAGUUGUUCAGUAUUUCAAUUUCCCGCAGUGGAAAAUAUGGGUAAAGCGCUGAACAAAACAAAUCCUGGAGAAGCAGCUCUUCAAAGUAGUCAGCAAAGCCCUUCACUGCACUGUCAAAAAAACAUGUAUAAAACCUUACCAGUCAACUCUACCAUGUUUGAUUGGAUACAGAUAUUAGGAAGCCAUUGUGUUCAUUGUAUGACCUUGACCCAUGAACAAUUUGCCCUUGUUUCCAUGUCAACUGGACCCAAAAGCCAUGUGAUUGUCACUGGUGUGGCGGAGGCAUUGCCAGACAUACAUGUGGGGGACAGAAUCAUAGAAUUGAACGGCAACCUGAUAUCCACACAAACAACGUCAGAAAUUAAAAAUAUCUGUCUAACUAGCACGGUUCCUGGAAAGCCAGUAUCAUUAGUUGUUUUGUGCAGAAACAAAUCUGGAAACAAGAAUGGUGAUUUGAACAAAAAAUGGGAAAAACUCCGAUCUUUGCUAGAGGGAAUGCUGCGCACUGAAGUGGCCUCUCCAACAGAAAAACUUCACCUUGCAUCGACGAAUGAGACAGAAUUUAUAGGCAAUUACCAGCUGUUUUCUAAGCACGUUCAGUGCUUGCAGGAUGAGGUCAAACGUUUGGAGGACAAAAUUUCCAUCUUAAAGCACCAGAAUGAAAUACUUACAAAUAAUCUGGAAGAAAAGGAUGCUUCAAUCCAUGAUCUGGAACUUUCACGAGGAAAAACCAUGGACAGACUGCAGAAGUCAAGAUCUCAUGGUGGAAAGAAAAGUCGAAUAGAGAGUGUUGGUGGCCAAGAGUACUUUAAUAUGACUAUGGAGGGAUUGGAGCUUGAGAAUAAAACAAAAGAGGAAGUAGUGGAUUCACUGAAAGAGAUUGUGUUGCAAGCUAGCAAACAGAAGUGGUACCUGGACCGACUGAUCUCAUUGGUUGUCGAGGAAUCCCCAUGGUUACUGGAAGAAGUGGACUCAGAAAUGGACAACCUGACAUUGAGCCCCGAUUCGGAAGAGUUCUGUUAGGCCUGUAGCCCAGUUUUGAGAUGACUGUGGUGAUAUCGGUGAACCACUGUCAAAAUUAUUAUAUUGACUGAUUCCUCUGCAUGAGAUGGUCUUUAACUAAUUUUAAGAUAAUGUCGUUGAUUGAUAACACUUUAUGUGAUAUCAAGAUACACAAUUUGUUUGAUACCGUCCUUUUCUGAUGCAACUAAGUGGGGUGUUUUCAAGCAAUGUCAAUAUAAUGUCCUUUACUAUUACAACUACUUGGGAUUUUUUAAAGUAAUGUUAUUUACUUGUACACAUACUGAGGAUGUUUUCAAGUAAUUUCAAAAUAAUGUAAUUUUCUUAUAUCACUACCUAUGAUGUUUUAAGUAAUGUAAAAUUAUUGUCCUUUCGUGAUACAACUACAUGGGAUGUUUUCAAGUAAUGUCAAUAUAAUAUUCUUUACUAUUACAUGGAAUGUUUUCAAUUAUGAUUGAGAUAAUUUUCUAUACUGAUACAACUUCAGUUGGUGUUCUUUAAGUAAUGUCAAUAUCUUGUUCUUGACUUAUACCACUGCAUAAGAUGUAAUUGAGUUUUAUCAAGAUUAUGUCCUUGACUAAUUCAACUAUAUGAGAUGUUUUAAAGUUAUGUCAUUAUAAUGUCUCUGUGAUAUAACAUGUUGAUCAAGGUUAAAGCCUUAAUCAGUACCACUCAAAUAAUAUGUUCAUGAAACAAUAUCAAUAUAAUUCCCUUGAACAACAAUUUUGUCAAGAGUUUUGUAUUGUAAAUAUAUAUGUAGAUGUUUUAUCUUUGUGUGAAUAUUUGUCUUCAAAUCUCCAGAUUUCAAUGCAUUUAUGAUGUUUUUGUUUAAGAAUGUCAAUAUGAUGGCAGGGUCAAAAAUGGUACCAUAGCUUGUAAAUGAUAGCUAUGUGCCACCCUUGUCUCUGUUGAGUUCUUAUCAAACACCAAGACUGACGAUUGUCCCUUUGGCACAAAUAAUUGGCCACAGAGUUUUCCUGUGUUUUUAAUGUAAAUUAUAUGUUUUCGUUUAAAAUGAACUUAUGGAAACAUUUUAAGUCAGCUUUCAGUUAAGCAUUGAAUGACUCAUUCCUGCUGUAUUUAUUUUUGGAAAAUAGUGUUCAACAUAACGAAAUGUUAAGGCUAUUAUUAUUUGCCAUUCUUUGCUUUUUAUUUUUAUCAAAUAGUGCAAUUUAAGUAUGUUUUUACUUGAAAUGUGUUCAACAGUAUUAAUUCAUCAUUCCAUUGUGCAUAUCAGAAUUGUUGUUUUAAUUCUCUUUACCUCAUUUUGCAAGUAAGCCUGUCUGCACUCAUCCAUAUUUUAUUAUUCACUUACAGUAAUGAUCAUGGCUUAUUCUUCUAACAAUAUCCUUACCAAUUAAGCGUGCAAAGUGUAAGUCAUCUUUGUGAAUUUAAGGAUUUUCUUGAGAACAUGACGAACAUAUAUGCAAUUGUCUUACAUCAAAAUUGUAAGAUAUGGAUUAAUUCGUCAAGUUUUGAUAAAAAACAAUUAACUGGAAUUUGUUAUAAUACCGCGGUAAUCAUCAGAUGUGAACAAAAUUUAAUAUCCCUUUUAGAAUAUCCUAUUUCCAAUUAUUUAUUCCACAAAAGUAAUUAUUUCAUAGUUUAAGUGUUCAUUUACGAGUUUUGAUAUCUGCUAUUAAGAAAAAUAAGCCAAUUAAAAUGACAAGCAUUCAGUAAGAAAAUUAGACAUCACAAAGGGAACUUACAUACUAGUAAAGUUUUUAGCGUCAUUUAUUUAAGUGCUUAAAACCAACAUCUUGUUCCUUAUUUAUGCAUGUAUUAGAGUUACUUUCUCUUUCAGACAAAAACUGUUUGGUGUUAAAAAAAGAGCUUUCAAAAAUUAAAAUUGAUUUUUUUAAGUGCUAUUAUAAUUUUAAAUAGAAAUGAUAUAAAGCUUUUUUGUUUAUUGUAUUUAUGCCAUAUAUAUUGUCAAACUGUUCAAAGUGAAGGACAAGUGCUUGUAAUGCACAACUGAUGUGUCUAAGCACAACAAUGUUUAUGUGCUGCUCAUGUGUGCAUUUAUUUAUUAUGCCCUCCUUCGAAGAUGAGAGGGUAUUUUGUUUUGCUGGAUGUCAGUCGGUAUGUUGGGAGUUUGUUUCCGAUCAAUUACUUGUGAAGGAAUUGAUUAAUUGGCUUGAUCUUUCCCAUGUGCAUUGGCCUUUGCCACUAGAUUACCCCUAUUGAAUUUUGGUAACUAGUUCAAAGGUCAAGGUCACGGUCACACUAAGAGUGAAAUAUUAUUUCCGAUCAAUAACUUUUGAACGGAUUGACCAAUUGGCUUUAUACCAUGUGCAUUGGCUUUUGCCAGUAGAUGACCCCUAUUGAAAUUGGGGUCACUAGGUCAAAUGUCACUGUCAAACUAAGAGUGAAAAUUGGAUCCGAUCAAUAACUUGUAAAUUGAGGACCAAUUGGCUUGAUACUUCCCAUGUUCAUUGGCAUUGGACAGUAGAUGGCCCCUAUUUAAAUUAGGGUCUCUAUGUUAAAGGUCAAGGUCACUGUCACACUAAGUGUGAAAUCUUUUCCGACCAAUAACACAUCAACUAAUUCACUGAUUGGCUUGAUACUUUCCAUGUGCAUUGGCCUUGGAAAAUAGAUGACCCCUAUUGAAAUUGGGGUCACUUGGUCAAAGGUCAAGGUGUGAAAAUAUUAUCCAAUCAAAAACUGGUCACCGAAUUGACGGAUUGGCUUAAUUCUUCACAUCUGCAUUUGCCUUGGACAGUUGAUGACCCCUUUUGAAAUUGGGUUCACUAGUUCAAAGCCCUGUUUAGGGGUGCAUAUGUCUCUGACACCAAAACUCUUGUUUCAUUUUAUUUUUGUGAAUAAUUAUUGCUUACCGGUAUUUCUGUGCAAUUGUACAUUUUGAUAUUAUUUACACUGGUAAUGGGUAUCAGUAUUAAGUUUUUCUAUCUUUUUUUCACAUCAUGUGUACUAAAACGUUUCUUUUUUUAGUGUCUUGUCAACAACAAUGUUUAAACAUGUUCUCAAUAAAACAUUAAUUAAUUGUGUUGUGUGAGAUCUAUAGCAUAGUAUUUACUUGCGCUUGAUGAAAUAUAAAUGCCAUUUACUCCUUUGCAUUUGAUAACUAAUAUUAUUGUUAUUAUUUAUUUUUGUAUAUAAAUAUAAACAUCUACACGUUU